AUGAGACGAUUUUUCCCUUCAAACACGAGUAAGUUGGGAUAAAUUUGAAGUUUCUGUGGUUUUUUUAACGUUUCGGAGCUCAAAGGAGGGUUUAUAAGUUUUUAUAAUUUUUUCUUCAAUAGAUUUAUUGUUAACAAUGUAGUUUCAAGCGAUUUCGACGUCAGUAAUAGUUACUCUGACCGGAUUUUCAGAUUGAAUUUUUUUAAAGCGUUGCUUAAGAUUUUUUAUUGAUUUUUAAGGAUCUCUGAAAAAAAAUUUUAUGUGGAUUUGUCAAGAUAAAAUUAAUUACGAUUAUUUUUUUCGAUUUUCAAAGUUUUCUGACAGAGUUUUUUACGUUUUUGAAGAUAUUACAACGUUUGAUGUGCAGGGUUUUGAUCAAUUUUCGUUUUCUUCGACCCUAUCCAAACUUUUGCAGGCGUUCCUUUCCCGAAAGACUUUCGCCAAAUCUGUAAAAAGAUCCUGACGCGAUUGUUCCGCGUCUUUGUCCACGUCUACAUCCAUCACUUUGACCGGAUUCGGGAGCUCGGAGCCGUUCGUUUUUACCUCUUGAGUGGCCACUAGAGUUUUUUUCGCAUAUUUCUCUUUAGAGAGUUCGAGAAGUUACUAGUGUAUUUAAAAUCCCCAUAGGAACCUCUAAUAACUUCAAAUUUCAAUUAUUUCGAGCAAAAUUUUGAAAAUUUCCCUUUUUCGCCAUGUUUUGCGAGUUUUUUCAAUUUUUUACAACCAUCGCUUUUUGUUCUCAGCGUGCAUUCCUUGUUUAGAAAACUUGGGACGAUCUCACUAAUUUUUCAACGAAAAGUACUAGCAACAAACAUUUUUUUUCAAUUCUUGUGGUGGAUUGUCAUUGGGGCGUGAUUGAUGGGGAUUUUCGUUUUUCGAUUCGUCGGCACUUUUGUUGGCGAAAUGUAAUCAUGUGGUUGCAUCAAUCCAUUUCGUGUUUCGCGGAAAAAUGAGUUGUUGAAAAUUUUUUUUGGUUGGGAAACAUGAUGGAAACUACUCAAAAAAAAUAUUUAUAUAUAUAACAUAGAAGGGAUCAAAUUUUUCAAUAAGCAGAUUUUUUUAAAAACUUUUUUUCAGAAAAAGCUCAAUUUUUUUAAACGGGCUUAAAUAUUUUUAGGAUCUUGUACUGAAAUGCGCUGAUAAUAAUGAAAUCUGUUCACAAAAGUUAUAUGAGGUUUAAAAAAAUUGAAAAAAUAUUUUAAAGGAAGUAAUAUUGAAACUUUAAUUUUUAGCCAUAUUUAAUUUUCGAAAAAGCUUUUUUCGAACAUUUUGUCAUUUCCGAAUUUUUAUUCUUCCUGAAGACAUUUUUCUUUGUAAAGUUUUCCACUGUCCUCAAAACAACGACACUUUUUUCCUCUUUCAAACUAUCGUUUUUCAUAACCCGACAGCUCGGAGUCGUUUUGCACGUCAUAUUUCCGUUCGCUAAGCUUUCUCGAGUUUGAAAAAAAAACGGCUUUUUGCCCCCCGUCAUGUGUUGAUUUGCGGGCGUUUGAGGUGCGUUUUCAGCUGAAUUUCACGUUUGAAACCAGAAAAAAAACGCUGAUUUUUUUUUUUGCGGGUCUUUGAGCGCUGUGGCAAACUAACUCGGUCUCAAAGUAAAUAUAGGAUGCAGAAAAAGAACACUGAAUUAUUCAAGAGUGUGCGAAAAUUGAUUGACGAACUCGACGGCAAGACGAUUUAUUACACCUUCUUGCCGUAUUUUAAUUUAAGGAAUAGGAAAAGAAGCUUGGAUUUUCUUGAAAGAACAGUAAGGAAGUUUAAAAACUUGGGUUGAAAAUUAUGAGACCUUUAUAGUUUUUAGGAGAUUUUUUUCAUAUUUUUCUUUCGAAAUAAAAAAAAAAUUAGGAAAAAAGUUACUUACGUGAAAGUUAAUUUUCUUAAAAUCGGCCAAAAUUCUUAUCAAUUUACCAAAUUUAGUUUAUUAAAGCAGGCUACUUUAAGGGUCAUUAAAGGUAAAAAAAAAGACUUCUGUAACUUUUUUGAUUUCGAAAAAGAUCACUUAGGCAAACAUUUUGGAAUAUUAUCCUUCCUUUGUUGGAACAUACAAAUUCAAUUUGAAGCUGUAGGUCACGAGAAUAUAUCAACAUAGAUUUUUGUAUUAGUUUAAAACAUUUUCUGUUUCAGGAGCCCCACGCGAACACACUCUACAAGCAUUUCUAUUACUUUGUGACCGAAUAUGGCCUCGUCUCGACCAAGGAACUCGAUGCCUUGGUUCGUUUGAUUGUACUUUAUUGAGCAAAAAAAAAAUCAUUUAAUUUUUCGAAAUAUUUACAGAGACUUUUGUAGCUCAGAGUGAGUUAUUUUCCGCUUUUCAAUUGCUUUUGAGUGUUUUUCGGUUUUAAGUUAAUUUGGAUUUUUUUUUCAUUAGCUUUUUCCGCUGUUUCUCCUGCUUUUUUGCAUUCUUCUUCUGAUUUUUCUAAAAAAAUAUUGGUUUAAGAAUUUUUAAAGAGCAUAGAUUUGAAAAAUGCUCUUUUGAAUUGGCGAUCUGUUUGAUUAAAAAAAUUCCUUUGAGGUAUGAAAAAAAUUUUUGAAGCCUUUAAAAUGUCUUAAGUAACUUUUUCUGGCUUUCACAAGUAAUAACUUAAGCAAUAAUUUUAAAAUUCACUUGUAAAGGAUAACUAAGCAUGAUAGUUUACGAGAUUAAAGUGCUCUAAAACAGUGGUUUUGAAGGAAAAAUCUUACGUGACUACUUUAGAGCCCAUUAAUAUCAAUAUAGCCCUAUAGGGGUUUUUCGAAAGGUUUUUUGAUCUUAUACGAUUUUCGAAAUCUUUGAAGGCCUCUCUGAAGUUUUUUUAAAAAUCAAUUCCAUAGUUGCAACUUUUUUUUCGCUUCUUGCUGUAAUUUUUCAUUAAUUUAAUGAGGACUAACUAUUUUCCUUCCAGAAAGACAUGACGGAAAGGCUUCUGGACAGCAGCCAGUCCCGCCGAACUUACGGCGGCAGUCGUUGA